AUGUUGAUUAAAUCUUUAUUACUCGCUGCUUUGGCAGGUGUUUCCGUUGCCGCUGUUGAUGAAGGCAGACUCGCAGUAGUAAAGGCAGACUUCAAUGCAGCAGGACUGAUUGGGGAUGAGUUCCAGUCAGAGGAUUUCAACAAUCUCCAAGGACUUCUCUGGGUCAAGUUUGAUAACCAAGAUGAGCCACUGAGCUUGGGCCAGCGUCUGUCAAAGGACGCCGUUCAAGAGAAGCCAGAGUUUAGAUACCUCCCAUCUGAAAACGCUACACUUGACGGACAAUACACUUUAGCACUGAUCGAUGCAGACUACAACGGUGCAGACCAAUCAGAAGGCCAAACACGCCAUUUCCUUGAGAACAACAUUUCAGUUGGCGGUGAUGGCGACGACAGCGACGACUCAGACUCGGACAAUGGAGUUGCAAUCCACGACGGUGACUCUGGUAAGGUUAUCACCAGCUACACAGGUCCAGGCCCAGCAAGAGGCAGUGGUCCACACAGAUACCAAUUUUUGUUAUUGAAGCAGCCACAAGACUUCCAGGCCCCAGACGGCUUAGAUAGCCAGACUCCACUCGGUAAAAUGAACAUUGCCGACUACAUUGAUUCCACUAACUCAAAGAUUGUCGCUGCGACUUACUUUAUCUGUGAGGUUGGCGAUAGCACUGUGUCUGCUAAGCCUACUUCAACUGUCAACACCGCGUCUGUCUCUGCCACACCAAGCUCAGUCGUUGCAGGCAGUGGCGGUAACAGCGACAACGACAACGAAAACGACAACGACGACAACGACGACAACGAUGACAACACCAGCGCACAAAACACCGACCCUGACUCAUCUUCAACCAGAGCUGUUUUGUCAACCGGAUUAUUAGCGUUGGUUGGAUUGGCUGUUGUACUUGCUUAG